GUAUGGUCACUCUAACACUCACCUCUGAGACUGCUCAGACUGAGGACAACAAACACUUCGACUUAGCAUCUGCUGCUGAGAGAAGAACAGGGAAGCGAAAGAAAGGUGGAAUCCAAAUUAAACAGGAGUUAAAGGAGAUGGGAGGAAAAGAGAAGAAGAUUUUAAACAUUGCUAAAUAUGAAGUCUGGGAAAUAUCAGAAGGCAAGCACAGAACAUGUGGUCUCUCUGAUGCAGUGAGUUCACCUGUGCCGCAUUCUGCAUGUCUGGGUAACCAUAUCCCAGUGGGUGUGGAAGGUAGGAAAACAGCCAUUGGUCGCAUGGAUUUCUUCCGACACCUGGAAAGAGUGGAGACUCUUCGCUGCUACUGGGAGCUCAAACAUAUUCAGUUGGAGGGUCUGGGUCAGCUGAAAGAGAAAGAAUGCACUGAGAAGUCAAAUGUUUGCUUAAAGCUGUUGAAAUCCCAGAAGAAGAAACCUCCAGAUGUAACAGGUGCAGCCCAGAAUGACUUGGAAAAGGUACAAACACUCAAUCAACAGAACUCCAGCCUUCACUGUGGCAAUGCUGAAGCCAAUGCUAGCGUAACAGGACUUUUGGAUUUUAUCCAAGAUAAGACAGAAUUACAAACAGAAGAAGAGAAUGACAAAGAAGAGCUUCAAGUAGAGGAAAAUGAGGCAAGCAGUAAGGAAAAUAACGAUAUUCCUAUAGAAUCCAAGUUAAAUGAAAAAAUAGAGACCAGCGAAGAAGGAGAGCAUCAGAGAACAGAAAGAAAAGAUGGUUUGACUGUCCCUAAGGUGCCAUCUUUACUCCUGUCAACCUGUGACUUUAGUCAAGAACAUGCAGUGCCCCAGGAAAGCUAUAAUGAUCACACAGAGCCACUUUCUAGUACUAAGAGACGAGUCGAGAAUCUGGAGAAAGAUGAUCUAAAGAAAAGCAGAGUGGAGGAAAGGUCAGAGGAGGUGGAAAAAAGCGAGGAAGAAACACAGUAUAGAGAGGGAGCGGCAAAAGUGGAGCCAGAGAAACCUGAGGAGGGAAUGAAACAAAGAGAACUGAUGCCCGAAGAGUACAUCAUAGAUUGUUCACCUCCUCCUCCAGCACCCUUUGACCACCGCGUGGUGACAACCAAAACCAAACAUAUAGCUGCCUAUUAUACCAUCAACAGAGAAGAAAUGCUUGGAGGUGGGCGCUUCGGAAUGGUCCAUAAGUGUGUGGAGAAUACUUCUGGCCUCACACUGGCAGCUAAGAUCAUCAAAACCAGGAAUCAGAAGGAGAAGGAAGUGGUUAAAAGUGAGAUUGAGGUUAUGAACCAGCUGAAUCAUGCUAGCCUCAUUCAGCUCUAUGCUGCUUAUGAAUCUCGCAAUGAUAUUACUCUCAUCAUGGAGUAUGUUGAGGGAGGAGAAUUAUUUGACCGCAUCAUCGAUGAGAAUUACAAUUUGACUGAAUUGGACACAGUGCUGUUAAUCAGACAGAUCACAGAAGGGCUGCAAUAUAUGCACAAGAUGUACAUACUGCACCUUGACUUGAAGCCAGAAAAUAUACUGUGUGUGAGUCGAGAAACAAAUAAGAUCAAGAUCAUCGACUUUGGUUUGGCCAGAAGAUAUAAACCAAGGGAGAAGCUCAAAGUGAAUUUUGGCACACCUGAAUUUCUUGCACCUGAGGUGAUCAACUAUGAGUUUGUUUCCUUUCCAACAGACAUGUGGAGCUUAGGAGUCAUUACCUACAUGCUGCUAAGCGGUCUCUCUCCUUUCCUGGGUGAUGAUGACAAUGAGACACUGAAUAACAUCCUUGAAUGUAAAUGGAGCUUUGAAGAAGCCGAGUUUGCAGAUAUUUCUGAUGAAGCCAAAGACUUCAUAACACACCUUCUCAUUAAGAGCAAGAGCUGGCGGAUGAGUGCAUCUCAAUCACUUAAACAUCCCUGGCUGUCUGAUCGAUUACUUCACAAUCGUCUGCAUCAGAAAAGGAACAAAUGCCACUCUGCACAUGCUCCUCCAGCAGAAGGCUAAAACAGAAAACCUUUUUAUCCCUGUGAAGAACUGGACCAACAACACCGCACCACAGCUGCUAUCUAACAAUAUGUAUCCAUUUCUUAACUACUAUCAGUAAUGUACAACACAAUAUAAAUUCUUCUUUGUAACAGUACCUGAACAACAGCAGAGCAUUACGGUCUUUAGAAUCCUCCAUUUGCUGUAAACAGCCUGCGCACAACCCUGCUGUUGUACAUAAUUCACCUUUUACUAAUCAAGUCUUAUUUCUGUGAUACUCUUUAUUCUAUUGUUUGAUAUUUAUACUGUCAUAAAAGUAAUAAAAGAUUUUGAUUUUACUAUA